UGUCACAUACUCACUGCCUCCGUAACGUUGCGCCAUUCCACACUCCACCCCGUGAAUCUUGGGGUCCCUGAAUUGCUGCUCCUAUCUCCUCAGAACCCUUAGAGAAGCAGCGAUCACUUCUCCGUCACACCUUCCUCCACGGCAACUGAUUCCUGUCGUUGCAGCAGCGGAUCUAGCGAGACUCAAAUCCGUGCGAUCUCCUCGUAAAGGCCAUCCCUUAUUUUUCCUCUUGCCAGUGACCCUAAGCAACAAUGGCCGCACGGACUCUCGCUAUGUCGACCGUCACUGCGUUGUCCGGAUCUCUUGCCUCCAGGGCAACAGAUCUGUCCCAAAGCCAGCACUUCCGGCCGCUGCCUCAGGCCUUCACGUCCUCCUCCGUGUCUCUUAAGAGCAAGACGGCAGUGACCCCUGUAACGUGCACAGCGACGGCGCCUGACGCCAAGGCGGCGGCUGCCACGUCGGACGAGAGUCGCGUGUAUAAUUUCUCCGCCGGACCCGCUACGCUGCCGCGUAACGUGCUGGAGACGGCGCAGGCGGAGCUAGUCAACUGGCAUGGCAGCGGCAUGAGCGUGAUGGAGAUGAGUCACCGCGGCAAGGAGUACCUGUCGAUCAUCCGCAAGGCGGAGGCAGAUCUGCGCGCGCUGCUCGCCAUCCCCGACUCCUACGCGGUGCUCUUCCUGCAGGGCGGCGCCUCCUCGCAGUUCUCCGCCAUUCCGCUCAACCUCUGCGCGCCCGACGACACGGCGGACUUCGUCGUCACCGGCUCCUGGGGCGACAAGGCGUACAAGGAGGCGGGAAAAUACUGCAAGACGAACCUCGCCGCCACGGGGAAGCCCGGGAAGUACACGGAUAUUCCGUCCCCGGCCGAGUGGAAGCUGACCAAGGGCGCGAAAUACGUGCAUAUCUGCUCCAACGAGACGAUUCAGGGGGUGGAGUUUAAGGGGUAUGACGAUGUGGUCGCGGCGGUUAAGGCCGGGUGCGGCGAGGAUACGCUACUGGUGGCUGACAUGUCGUCGCACUUCUGCUCCUGCCCCGUGGACGUGUCCAAGUUCGGCGUGAUCUACGCGGGGGCACAGAAGAACGUGGGGCCGUCGGGCGUGACGAUCGUGAUUAUAAGGAAGGAUCUGCUGGGCAAGGCGCAGCCGAUCACGCCUGUGAUGAUGGACUACGCGAUUCAGGCGGAGAACGAGUCGCUGUACAACACGCCGCCGUGCUACCCCAUCUACAUGUGCGGGCUCGUCUUCGCUGACCUGCUCGAGCAGGGCGGGCUGGCGGGUGUGCAGAAGCGCAACGAGGACAAGGCGGCUCUGCUCUACAAUGCCAUUGAUGGAAGUGGCGGCUUCUUCAAGUGCCCCGUGGCCCCGGCGGUGCGCUCGCUGAUGAACGUGCCCUUCACCAUGGCCACGCCUGAGCUGGAGGCGGAGUUCCUCAAGGCGGCGGCCGCGCAGCACAUGGUGCAGCUCAAGGGCCACCGCAGCGUGGGCGGCGUGCGCGCUUCGAUUUACAAUGCCAUGCCCCGUUCCGGCGUGGAGAAGCUUGUGCAGCUCAUGAAGGACUUCCAAGCUGCUCACUAGAUGGGGUGUCUGUAACUGGGUGGGCGCGAGUGAGUAUAUGACUGGUGGUGCAAACUAGUAGAUGGAAUGGAUCGGUAGACCAGAUUGACAGAGGAAAUCAUGUGGUUGAGACACUUGAAAGGGUAUUGGUUUCAGACAACUCUGUAAAUGGAAAGCUUAAGGUCCUCUAAUUGAGUGACAAAUGCUCCAAUGAUAUGAACAGUAUAUAGCUCUGCUGAUAAAUGUAGCUAACGGUU